AACUCUAAUGCACACUGUAGUCGGUGGUGAAAGCACAAUAAACCGACUUGUUCAAUACUAUCGAGUUGAAAAAUAAUAAUUCUACUUUCUAGUUGAUUCAAUCGAUAAAAAUUUAGUGCUUACGUGUGUAACAGAACGCAUCGAUCCUCUCAAGUCGAAUUAUUCAGGCAAAGCUCUUGCUCCUGUUCUGCCUCUCAAAUAUCAUACAUUGUUCAAAAUGCUAGAUGAUGAUUUGGAAGAAGGGGAAAUAAGUUCGGAUGGAGACAAGGACGAGCUGUCGGUUGAUUAUGAAGUGCUUCAACGACCUGUUAAGGGUGCGGAGUCAAUACUAGGUACCCAAGUUGUUCAUAAUAAGUUGCCUGCUGGAUCUUCACGGACCAUGGGGAUCGACCCCGUCUAUCAAAGCGUUUCAAGGCCUAUUCGGCCUGCACCAGUUCUUCAGAAACUUCCGGAUGACGACGAUGAUGGACUGUAUGACGACAAAAGCAGCUCCUCCUCCGAAGACAGCGAUGAUGAGUACGGACCUUCCGGAAGAAAAUGUAGAAGAAUGCCUAUGCCUGUGGGUGGAGGGUCAUCUUCUAGAAUAAUAACCGACCCUAAUAAUGUGGCGUCUUCUUCAGCUAAUAGUUUACCGUUGUUGGCUGGGAAUAUUAGUUGUGACACACCAAUGGAUAUCCCCAGCAGCAACGACGCCUUCAAAAAUCAUGCCGCAACAUUUCAACAGAAACGCAAGCCAAACAAUAUCUGGUCCUCGGUGUUGCAAGAAGAAGAAGCCACCGACAUCUUGGGAAAGGUUAACGUGGAGGAGUAUGAUGACCAACAUGUUCUUAUUGAUCGUGGACCGGAAACGUUUUCUGUCAAGUAUAAAAAUCGUCCCCCAGUUCGCCAAAGAUCGGAUAGUAGCAGUGUAUCCAGUGGAGGUUUAACGGAUGAUGAAUUGGAAUACUUGCGAGGAACGUCGUUUAAGGAGCAAAAGGAAUCUGUAGUAAUGGAUGAAGGGGUCGAAGAUGAUGGCGAAGGAUUUGUCGAACAGUUUGGGCGCAGGCCGGUGAAACGGCGAUAUAAUACCAAGCUUCGGCGUCAAAGGAAAAAGAGAAAGAACAAGUUGGUUAAUAAAAUGAAGAAAAUGGGUCCUGCUGAACUGGGUUAUUAUAUUGCUAAGAAAUUAGAUGAAGCGAAACAUAAUUUGAUAAUUAACUCGAUUGAGCUAAUUGGGAAGGAGGCAGUAAUCGCUUUAUUUCUUAAAACCACUAAGAUAGAACGCCUUGGUGGUCUGAUGGUUAUGAAUCAGCAACGAAGACGAACUGCCGGUGGAGUAUUUUUUUACCUGCUUCGUGGUGAUCCUAAAUUUCCCAAAAAAAUUGUUGAUAAAAUAUUUGCUGUCGAUGUACAAAACCAGCGAGUUGGUAAAAAACGGGCUCAUAAAGAAAAACGCUUGAAGACAAUGGAAAAGUUGGAAGAGAAGUUAGUUGAGGAGCAUCAAAAAUUAAUAGAACAAGGUGUAAAAGAGUCAACCCACCAAAACCUAGUAGAUGUCAACGAGUCCAGCCUAUCGGAGGGUGAGGAUGACGAUGUGGAUAGUGAUGAAUUUUUUGCUACAGAUCAAGCACCAACAUAUCCUCCUUCUGCUGCUGAUAUGCGUAGCACCAUUGGGUAUGAUGAUCAAGAUUGUCUUGACAUUCAUUGUGAUUCAUCUGAUCUUAUGUAGCUCGACAAGGGUCCCAAUUUCUUGUAGUAAUUUUUUAUAUUCAUCAGUUUAUCAUAUAUGUAUAAGGUGCAUUCAAAAUAUCUUAACUGGGAAUAAAUUUCCAUAUAUUUUGUAGAAAAAUCAA